GUGAGUAUCAGCUCCACCACAAUGCUACAGCUUCUAUAGCGAGCUGCAGCUACUAGCAGCUAGCGUUGUCUUUAAAUGUGAAGUAGGUUACAUUUAAAACGCUGCGAGGGGAAAAGAUGUGACAGCCUUCGGUUUUAAGGAUUAUUAGAGAGGCUGCAGUCAUGGGCCCAGACGCUGCAUCUGUCCCUAAAACAGAAUCGUCAGAGGAGAGUCCCGGAGAAGUCGUUGUGAAGGUGAUCUCAGAAUCAGAUUCCAAUGAUGCUUCAAACGUCACUGAGCCCGAGAACUCCAAACAGUCAGAGAGCAACAUAUCAGACAAGUGUUACCCUUGCUCCAUCUGUGGCAAGGCGUUUGACAGACCGUCAAAGCUGGAGAGGCAUAAACCUGUACACUCGAGGAAGCCCAAGACCCUUCAUCAGUGUGAGCACUGUGACAAGAGUUUCACACAACAAGAGAAGUUGAUCCGACACCAGAAUUGCCACAGUCGGACUAACAAGCACCCCUGUCCUGACUGUGGGAAAGUGUUCAACAGGCCUUCAAAGUUAGAGAGACACAAGCGCACCCACUCAAAGAAACCGAAGGUGGCUCAUCAGUGUUCAUACUGCAUGAAGACGUUCAGCAAGCUUAACAAACUCGUCCGUCACAAGCGAAUGCACACCGGGGAGAAGCCUUUCACCUGCUCAGUCUGCGGAAAAGGAUUCUCCGAGUCCGGUCACUGCAAAGCACACGAAAAGACGCACGAGGAGCAGCCGGAAAAACCUCACUGCUGCGCAGACUGCGGGAUGUGUUUCUUCAAGGCCUCGGAGCUCCGUCGGCACUUCCGCUCCCACACGGGAGAGAAACCUUUUAGAUGCACCCUGUGCGAGAGCUGCUUCUCCCGCUCGGAAGGACUUAAAAGACACAUGAGGAGCCACACGGGGGAAAGACCAUACAAAUGCAUUGUCUGCGCAAAAGGAUUUUAUUCUCGUCAGGAUUUGAAUAUUCACGGGUUGACCCAUUCGGGAGAGAAACCACAUCUUUGCCCCGUGUGUGGUAAAGGCUUCUCGCAGCUGGGCAACAUGAAAGAACAUGAACAAAAUGUUCAUAUUAAGUCAGAGAAAUACAUUUGCAAUGAAUGUGGGGCAACGUUCACACGGUACAAGUCACUGACGAAACAUCAGCGGACACACACAGGAGAGAGACCCUAUCUGUGCCUCACCUGCGGUCGCAGGUUUUCAUGGAGCCAUUCUCUUAGCAGACACCGGAGGACACACGCGCACAGACAGAUGUCUAUGGACAAAUCCAAAGACAAGUUAAGUUUUGAAGGACCCUCUGAGAAUCCUAGCAGUUGAAAAUAGAAGUGAAAUCCUUAUAGAUGGUCAUUUCAUUGUCAAGCUAUCUUCCUGGAGCCACAGUCAAGCUAAAAUUUACUAAUUUGUAGUAAUUUGUAGAACAUUGAGAACUAACUUUGAGGCUUUGUGACGAUUCACCUCGCUGCUUGCUUUAUUUGUCCACGAAAUAUCAGUUAGAAAUUCUCAGUACAUUGCUCCAGAUUAGCUUCUUUUUUUAUUACAAUAUUUGUAUUGAUCCAAGUUGUGUUCUCUUAAUUGGGUGAAGACAGAUCGUUUGGCCAUUUAAGUGCACUGCUGUAUGUAGUGAAGCUCUGUUUACAUCUUCCUUUAUGACAGAUAUGGACUUGCCUUUAGAUAGUGUGGACAAAAUAUCUCAUAUCAUGGUAUGAAUUCCUGUUUGUUAUUAACCAAAAGAUAUGUCACAACCAAAGUAGAGUUGCCCUGCCACAAACACAUGACACUCUUACUUAACAUGCAACCAAACGGAUACUAGGUACAAUAUUGAAGAAGUCUCUGUAACUGUAUGAAUAACAGACGUGUCAGACUGAAGUCUUGACUAAAUCUGAAUAAAUGUCUGCUUUCCAAUAAUGAUUAACUUAAUCUGAUGUAAUCUGCUACCUCACUUAAACAGUACCAUAGAAGGCACACAAACAUUAACCAGCACAAGAUUUGUGCAUGGUCCAGUCCAUACCAGUAGCUCAGUGAUUUUCUUAAAUCAUACUUUAUUUUUAAAUUUGGUUCAAAAUUACAAUUAAAUGCCAAAAAAUUAAACAUUUUUUGUACUUAUAUCAUUUUCUUUAUUAUAUAAUUACACUUUCACAGAAUGGUUGAUGCCAUGCUGAAUCACAACAGAAACAUGCUGUUACAUUAUCCUCUAUGCAGGUAUAUUACCUCUCACCACUAAUGUGAAACACCUGCUGUGAGAUCACGGAUGGCAUUGUGGUCAGAAGUGCUCAAAUGUUGAACGGUUGUUUGAAUUGUAGAGUAACAGCAGCAGUUUCCCUCUGGUUUGAGCUGUGUAAAAUAAAAAUGACUAUAAAAGUUUUUUUUCAGUUUUACUUUAAUAUGAAUCACAUAUAUAUUGUGUAGUGAUGUAAUCCAUUGAUUUUCUUUGUGAUACUAUCUACAUUAUGUGGUAGCUUACUGUCAAUAAACUGAUACCUUACAUUGUGCUGUAGGUCACUGCAAAGUAACAACACAAUGGGCCCACUACACUCUUAAAUACAUAUUCAAUUAAUGUGCUCAAAUGUUUUUUUAGUUGUGCUGACAAGGAUGUGAGUUGAACCUCUGGAAAGCUAUUAUAGAAAAUAUAGCCACCAAUAAACAGUUUUUUUCAUAUAA